GGGAAACCGGCGCGUCCCCGCCCGCCAGCCAGCCUGGCCGUCAGCUGAUGGGCCGCGGGCAGGGGAGGCCGCGGCCGCGCGAACAUGGCGGCGGAGAUCCACUCCAGGCCGCAGAGCAGCCGUCCGGUGCUGCUAAGCAAGAUCGAGGGCCACCAGGAUGCGGUCACCGCCGCGCUGCUCAUCCCCAAGGAGGACGGCGUGAUCACCGCCAGCGAGGACAGAACCAUCCGAGUAUGGCUGAAAAGAGACAGUGGCCAGUACUGGCCCAGCAUAUACCACACAAUGGCUUCUCCUUGCUCUACCAUGGCUUACCAUCAUGAUAGCAGACGGAUCUUUGUGGGCCAGGACAACGGAGCUGUAAUGGAAUUUCACGUUUCUGAAGAUUUUAAUAAAAUGAACUUUAUCAAGACCUACCCAGCUCAUCAGAACCGGGUGUCUGCCAUCAUCUUCAGCUUGGCUGCCGAGUGGGUGAUCAGCACCGGUCAUGACAAGUGUGUGAGCUGGAUGUGCACACGGAGUGGGAGCAUGCUGGGGCGGCACUUCUUCACUUCCUGGGCUUCGUGUUUACAAUAUGAUUUUGAUACUCAGUAUGCUUUCGUUGGAGAUUUUUCUGGACAGAUAACCCUGCUGAAGCUUGAGCAGAACACGUGCUCGGUUAUCACGACCCUCAAAGGCCAUGAAGGGAGCAUCGCCUGCCUCUGGUGGGACCCGAUUCAGCGGUUACUCUUCUCAGGAGCUUCUGACAACAGCAUCAUCAUGUGGGAUAUCGGGGGCAGGAAAGGCCGCACACUCUUGCUGCAAGGCCAUCAUGACAGGGUGCAGUCGCUGUGUUAUCUUCAACUCACGAGGCAGCUUGUCUCCUGUUCAUCGGAUGGUGGAAUUGCAGUGUGGAACAUGGAUGUUAGCAGAGAGGAGGCUCCUCAGUGGCUAGAAAGUGACUCCUGUCAGAAGUGCGAGCAGCCCUUCUUCUGGAACAUAAAGCAGAUGUGGGACACAAAGACCCUGGGGCUGAGGCAGCAUCACUGUAGGAAAUGCGGGCAGGCCGUCUGUGGGAAGUGCAGCAGCAAACGCUCCAGUUACCCUGUCAUGGGCUUCGAGUUCCAGGUUCGAGUUUGUGAUUCCUGUUACGACUCCAUCAAAGAGGAAGAUCGGACUUCUCUAGCAACCUUUCAUGAAGGAAAACAUAACAUUUCCCACAUGUCCAUGGACACUGCUCGGGGACUGAUGGUGACCUGUGGGACUGACCGGGUCGUGAAGAUAUGGGACAUGACGCCCGUGGUGGGCUGCAGUCUGGCAACUGGGUUUUCUCCCCACUGAUCCAGGAGCUGUGAUGUCUACACCUUGUGAACAACAGCCUCCACCAAAUGAAAUCCUUCCCGUGUAUCUCGACAGCCACUGUCGUGUGAAUGGACAGUAGCCACCUAAAAACAAAUCAACAUUUUU